CGGCGAGUUGUAAAGUGUUCAUUCGAAAUCAAUCAAAACUACCGGAAUCAUAAACACUGCAAUUGAAAUGGACUCGAAACGUUUGAUUAGUUGGGUGCUUAUCUUUGAAGCUUACUUCCGAAUCGCUACCGGUGCAAUGCAGCUUCCGGGCUUUGAUUCCAGCUGGUGGAGUUUGUGGAAAAAUGGUUCCACCGAAAAUGUGACCGAAUGUGAGCUACAAAUUGAAGCUACGAUUAGUAAUCUUUGGGGGCUACAAAUGCUUGACGCAUGGGGUAAAUGGCCAUCGGGAAUUCUUUCCGGAAACAUGUACGAUCUGGGUCACUAUGACCAAUGUCGGAAGUUCGAAUACGUCACCCACCAGGAAGAUGCCAACCGGUCUGCAGAAUCGAUUCGAGGAAGAUAUUGUCUGAUGGAUGUUCCUCUAACCAUACUGUCGGAUUUUUUCAACAAUAACACCGUUCAGCGAGGAUUUCCAACUCUUGGUGGAACCCCAUCGAUAAAAGUUGGAACAUGUUUUCCGGAUAGCUGCAGUUCACAGCAGCUACGAAAGUUAAUCAAUAGCACCUUAAAAUUUGAGGUUGCAAUGGAAUGUGAAAGUCCACUUCCGCCAAUUCAGACGAAGGAUAUCGUUGCCAUAUUCAUUUUCAGCGCCAUUGGUUUUCUUCUAAUUUUAAGCACCGUAUACGACGUUUGCCAACGAAUACGUUCCCGACAACCACGAAUGGCGCUAGCCAUGUUCUCGCUUUACUCAAACGGACUCAAACUGUUCCAAGUGGUACUGAAGGAGCGCUCCCACCUCGAUUACUACAAGAAAUCGGAACAAAUCGAUUGCCUCAACGGAAUCCGGGUCCUCUCGAUGGUUUGGAUCGUAUUCUGCCACAACUAUCUGAUGGUAAUCGUGGCCCCGAAUGUCAAUCCAAUUUCGGUGUUUGAUUGGGUCCGAUCCUACCACAGUAUGAUAGUGGUAGCCGCAACUGUUUCGGUGGAUUCGUUCUUCCUCAUGAGUGGAAUGCUGGUGUGUUGGAGUCUGUUGAAGGAGCUUAACCGCAGUAGUAGAUUGAAUCUCCCGCUCAUGUAUCUUCAUCGGUAUCUUCGUCUGACUCCACCGUUUGCUGCACUAAUUCUGCUCACUGCAACUGUUUUAAAGUAUUUCGGAUCUGGACCAUUUUGGAACAGUACAUUGCUCGGAAUGGAACAAGCCUGUGACAAAUACUGGUGGUCAGCGUUACUCUAUCUUCAGAACUAUGUCAAUCCAACCCAGAUGUGUUUGGGGCACAGUUGGUACCUAUCGGUGGAUAUGCAGCUAUACAUUCUAUCACCCUUGAUAAUCUACCCGUUAUGGCGUUGGAGACGGAAGGCCUUGGUAGCAAUUGCCGCCCUAAUUCUGCUCUCCAUGGGAUGCGUUAUAGCAUUGUUUCUUGUUUACGAACUGCGACUGUCGAUGUUGGACCCAAAACAAUCGCCGGAACGGAAUAAAAUGACCCUCACCUACUAUCCUACUCACACUCGAAUGGGAGCAUGGCUUGUUGGAGCGAUGUUUGGAUACCUGCUUCACGAAACCAAACUCCACCGAGUGAUCCUUCGAAAGCAAUUCGUAACAGCCGGAUGGAUCGCCGCAAUUGUCACGAUACUUACUGUUAUUUUUGUCGACUUUCCGUUUCAACAGCCAGAGAACUUCCAAGAGACCUCUCUAUUCCUAAACGCUCUAUACGAAGCAUGCAGCCGAGUAUUUUGGGCAAUAGCUCUUGGAUGGGUCGUAUUCGCCUGUGUCAAUGGCUAUGGAGGCCCCAUCGAUACCUUUCUCAGCUUAUCGAUUUGGCAACCACUCGGUAGACUGUCUUACUGUAUCUACCUUUUGCACAUGUCGGUGCAAACGAUGCAACAAGCUUCGGUACGCAAUGGAUCCUACUUUGGUGAUAUUCGAGCAGUGCAUAACUUCUGGGGUGACUUUGGGUACACCGUUACGCUGGCCGUUGUUUGGUCUCUGGCCUUCGAAUCACCCGUCAUGAUUCUCGAAAAGCUUUUGUUUGGAAAGGCACUAGCUAAUAACAAAAAAUCUGAUAGCAAUCUUCUAAAUGAAGGUCAAACACCAGCCAGUACCAGUAUUGCGGAUUCAACGGAAACUCUUCCCUCCAAAGAUCAACUCCAAAAAGUUUAAUAAAAGCCUCUAAAAAUCACCACAGAAAAUAGCAAACCUCGCUUCUCUGGUGAUCUCGUUCGCUUUUGAGUAUGGCUCAUUACUCAUCAACAAAAUUUCCAAUUAAAAUAAUUUCAGCCUUUCGUUCAGCGUUUCGUGGUUUUCAAAGUGGUCUCUAACGUG